AGCCAGCAGCAGAAACAGUAACUAUCGUUAGYAUAUACACACUUCUUGAUUCAACUGUGCGAAUAUUUUAAAUUAUUAUCGAUGACUAGUUCGCGCCGUGCUAGUUUUUACAUGCUCGGCCCUGUUGGCCCUGCUGUCGUUGGUAUUCCCCAGAAAGCAAAACGACCUGAACCGCGACAUUUAGUUUGUCAAGACUUCAGAGUAAGGGAAGAUGGAGCAUUGGCAAAUAAACUACAAGAAGAAGAAUUCCAAAAGCAUUACGGCAUGAACAGAAAUGAAAGAAAGAGUGUGCGAACUGAUGUUCGUGUGGCCAAGCAAACUUAUCUSGAGGAAAUAAAAACAGCACAGCUCUUGCCAGAAGACGAGCUGUGUAAAAUGGAAGAAACUGAUAAAUGGCUUGCUAGGGAUCUCCAGGAAAAGCUGCAUGAUGAGGAAAGAAGAGCAAUAAGACACCAGCAAGAAAUUGAGACUCAUGAUGCUAAAGUGGCUAAACAACUACAAAUGCGAGAAAAAGACAAAUUUGACCGAGAAUGGCGCAGGAAAAAAGAAGAAGAAGAAAGAAGACAUUUGCAAAGAACUAUGGAAGAACUAAACCAUAGUGAGCGAGAUUCAAGAAGAGGAGCUGCAAAUCCAGUUAGUGAACCUAUAUCCAUGAAUGGKCACACCGACGGCGUUCAGAGAAGAGUCCGAAGAACCAACAGCAGAGAAGACAAGAGACGAAGUACCGGAAGCGGAAGUAGUGGUGUGGGGAGAUUGGAAUCGGAUAGAAUUAUAAUGGCGGAUGGAACUGCUAUAGAUUUAUUUGAUAAUGAAGAAGAUCGAGAAAAGGCGCUGAGGAUGCAGCGCGUCAAGAAAGAUGAAGAAUACGCAAAAAUGCUACAAGACCAAGAAAGACGGAUUGUCGAAGCAGAAAAAAUGGCUGCUGAGGAUCGAAGACUUGCAAUGGAAGAGCAGGAUCGGGAGUUGGCCAGGCAUCUUCAACGUAAAGAAUAUCAGCGACUUAAAAGAGAGCAAAAAGAGAGGCAAAUGCAACGUGCUAAUAGUGUACCAUCGGAUAGGCAUUCUGUGUCAAUUGAGGAUCCACGUCGCCUUCCCUCAUACGAAGAAGCAGUGCAUCGCACCCAAAUGCCAGAUCUUUUACCUGACCAUGACUUUGAUCCCGAGAACCUCCGCGAGGGUGACCCCGAAAGGUCAACUUAUUCAUCUACCCGUUCUUCAAGGAGUACUGCAUCUCAAUCUCCGCCUAUAGACAGACGUACGACCAAUCCAGAUAAGGGGGAACGAAGAGGGUACAGGCGGGAAGAAGGACGCAUUUCAGCUAGAGGGCCCUCGUCGGUUGAUCAUAGGAGGUCAGUACCCGUGGAGGACAGACGCUUGGAGAAAGAAUAUAGUAGAAAUCGUGGAAGUGAGUAUAGGGAAACUAGAGCACCAUCGCCUACACGGAAUGGACACCCGUCGGGAGACUAUAGAAUGGAUUCCAACGAGCACAGAAAGAGAUACGAGAAUAUUGAGAAGGAACACCAUAGAUAUGACGAUAAAGAAGGUCCUGUUUGGCUCGCGCGGGAUACAAUAUGUUCCUCGACCUCCCCACCACGAGAAAGGCGCGAGUUCCCCGAAAAUAACCAAGGUUCAUCGCGGUUAUCGUAUGCUUCGUCYGGCCAAAGUUCUUGUGACCGUCGAUCGCAAACGUCGGGUCACGCCGGUUCGCCUUCAUCGCGAGCGGAUGUUUGGGAACGAUUCGAAGAUGAUGAGUCGUUGGAAGAAACAAGAAAUAGCAGACCAUCUCGGASUCGCACCGUCGCGAGUUCACAUCCUGUUCACUACGAGAGAGAACGACCGAAGUCCUAUAACGUGGUUGAAAACAUAGACCCCACGUUCAAACGAGAGCGAAAGGGUUCCGAAGACGACGCAAAGGAGGAACAAGGUUCAGAAGAAAAAGCAAAAGUCAUUCCUUUGAUCAAACCUCAUCGACGGAAAAGCAUUGAAAGGAAGCGAGAUCGACAUGCGGAUAAAGAAAACUGCAAGCAACAAUAGAAACUGUUCUUUAGAUUCGAAUUAGGCUUUUACGGAAUUUGUCGAUUUAUGAAUGGACAUUAGUUGCUAUUCUUAUUCUAUUCUUAUUGAUAUUUUUCAUGUUUUUGCUUCCAAAAUUACAUUUUGGGUUACGUCCAUCAAAGUUACAAGGACAAGGGUGGAUCUUUCAUCGGUGGAAACUGCAAAUUCUUACUUUGAUUUGCGUUUUUCGAAGUCGAACUCGGAGGACUAGAGUGCAGUGUUGGUAUCCUAUUUCAUGGCAAGUUAGUUUUACCAUGUUUUGAUAAGUUCAUUUCUGGCCAAUAUCAGUUAAGGCUUGUACAUAACGAUGUUUUGUUGGAAGGACAAGAUAGAGUAUGAAAUAACAUUCAAAAUCAUGGAUUGAGAUUAAUGAUUGAAAUGUGAUUGACAUUUUGACAGGUGCAUAGCCAGGGGGGAGCCAARGGCACCCCACGCCUUCCCYAUCCUCACGCUGUAGAAACCUAAACACCUAUGUAGUCCCCCCUCCCCCCAUAGCAAAAUCCUGGCUAUGUCCCUGGGAAGCCAUGUCAUUCCCCAGGUAUCAUACGUUUAUCYGUCCCUAUCUCUUACACAAUCUACUGACUUUCAGCCAGUAAACUUUCCACGCUGCAUUUCAUCCAAUUAGAUUCUUUUACUUUGAAAAAACUCAAAUUUWAUCUGAAAUAAUUCUCAGGCUUAGAUAUGCCUUGAUGUUCUCAUUGUCAGACUUAUCAUUCAUGAUGAUUCAUUUCUGAUCAGAACUUUAGAAAAUGUMAAAUUUUUAUGAGGAACAAACUACAGUUAUACAUAAACAAUAGACCCCUUGACCUCGAUUUCAUGUCACGAAAUGAUAGUUGUCAGUUUCAAUUUUUUUAUACUGAUGCAAUUUGUUUACAUGAAUGAAGGGUGCCCCUGCUAACGAAAAUCUCUUGGUUUCUCCCUACAACAGACCCCAAAAACUAWAGAUAUAGAAAUAUCCCUUUAGUACUGGUAUUAUAGCAGAUUGACCCUACCUUUGUGUAAGCAGRCCAUAUUUUUAUUCUAUUGCACUGAAAAAAUUAAAUUCUCAGCCAACUGUUCCCGAGAGAACUGAUCACUAUGUAAAUCCUGGAUGAAUAGGUUUGGUUUGAACACAGCCAUAAAUGUAAAUACAUAGGAAUAUUAUUGUUAGAAAAUUUAUGCUGAUGGAAUGGAAUUGCUUUCCAAUGAGGAUUGUCAUUACRAAUACAAAAAUUUUACAUAACUUUA